UUUUUGUUGACGGCUUGUCUGUAGGCAAACUGAUUGGAUAAUAUUGGUGCCGGAGAGAUUUGUCCUAUCCAGUGCUGUGACUGGGCUUGAUGGCUUUCUGCCAGGCAGACCGGCAAAUGAAAGUUGAGAACAAGAGAGGCGAUUGAAUCCUCCGGUGUUCUCCAAGAUUUGGUUUGACAGCGUUUUUGAAAGAACUGCGAGUUCACGCAACGCCACCUGAUUGAGAGGCAUAUGUUUUCUGUCUGCACACACAUCCUGUGGUACCGCGGGCGACUUAACGCCUUCUGUGUUGACGCCCGGACAUGGACACCGGGAAAACAUUGGUGAUGCCGUGCGAUUUAGGGUAAUUGUGAAAAGUGAUAUAAUCGUAUUCAUGGUAAAUUAAUUAUGCUUAACACCCACUGACUUCAUCGACAUGUUAAUGGUAAAAUAUCUCGCCGGGGUUUUGACGGGCUGACCAGGGACACUCCAGGAAGCUGAUCUAGCAGAAGGCCCAGUCCACAGCCAGCUAGGCAGGAUGACAGAGGGGGUGGAGUUGGAGGCCAGACAGAACCAGUCCCACAGGACCCAGAGGACCAGACAGAACCAUAACCAGGGCGACACAGUCCUGCUGAGGAGGGGUAGUGGAGGAGAGGGCCCCCAGGGGCCUAAGGGACCCGAGGUUAGGGCAGAGAGGUCCAGGGGGUCUGAGGUUAGGGCAGAGAGGUCCAGGGGGUCUGAGGUUAGGGCAGAGGGGUCCAGUGGGUCAGAGGAUGGGGUAGAGACACGGACGUCUCAGGACUGGACCGGGGUGAACCACAGUACUGUGAGGAGGAGCACAGACAGUGACUCAGAGGAGCAGGAGGAAAACGAGGAGGAGGAGGAGGAUUCCCUCCAACACCACCACCUUACUGGGUUACCACCCCACAAUGGCCCAACUGGAGAACCAGGGGCUGGGCUGUCUGGGAACGGGUAUGCCCAACAGGUGGCCCCGGAUGGGGGCUGGGGCUGGGUAGUCCUGGUGGCUACUAUCCUGGUCCUGGCUCUAACGCUGGCCUUCCCUUCCUGUAUUGGCAUCUUUUACACAGAGCUACAGGCUGAGUUCAGCUCCAGCAACACAGAGACGUCCUGGGUGCCUGCUAUCAUGACUGCUGUGCUGCACGCUGGUGGUCCACUAUGCAGCGUGCUCGUGGAACGCUUUGGUUGCCGGGUAACGGUGAUGGUGGGAGGGGUUCUGAGUGGACUAGGCAUGGUGGUCAGCGCCCUGGCCAGAACCAUCACAGAACUCUACAUAACCAGCAUCAUCGCAGGGUUGGGGUUCUGCCUGUCCUUCCAGCCCUCUGUGACCAUGAUGGGCCACUACUUUUUGAGGCGGCGGGCGUUUGCCAACGCCCUGUCAUCCACCGGCACGGCCCUGGGCCUCAGCACCUUACCCCUGCUGGCCAACUUCCUGCUGGGCCAGUUUGGCUGGAGAGGCAGCUUCCUGGUCCUGGGAGGGCUGCUAUUGAACUGCUGCGUGUGUGGGGCUGUCAUGAGGCCCCUGGGGGCCAAACACAGUGGAGCCCAGAGGACACUCACAAACAAGGCUGCCCAGGGGCUCAGCAAGCAACCGAUCAAAGGUCCUCUCCAACAGGAGAAGGAGGGAAUUAAGACAAGACUUAGGACAGCGUUCAGUGACCUUGUCGUGUUCCUACGGAGACACAUGGCCUUUGACCUGUUGGUCAGUAACCCCCGUUACCGUGCCUACGCCCUGGGAGUGACGUGGAUGAUGUUGGGGUUUGUAGUUCCCCUGGUCUACCUGGUGCCCUAUGCUACAGCCAAUGGUAUGGAACAGGACCGAGCCGCGCUACUGAUGGCCGUACUGGGCCUGGUUAACAUUGCUGUGAGACCCGUGGCGGCUGUCUUCUUCGGCCUGCCGCGCUUCAGGGGCAGUGGCUGUUUUGUGUAUGUGUUUGCGGUAGCCCUCCUGGUCAACGGGCUGAGUAACAGUAUCUGUGGUGCGGCCGCCACCUUCCCCGUGCUCCUGAUCUACGUGGUCAUCUUUGGUCUGUCCAUGUCUGUGAUUGGCUCUCUGCUCUUCACGGUGCUGAUGGAGACGGUGGAGAUGAGCCGGUUCCCCUCUGCCCUGGGUCUCAUCAGUAUGUUAGAGAGUGGAACACUGCUGAUUGGACCGCCGCUCGCAGGCAUGUUGGUGGACAGUACAGGACACUACUCUUAUGUGUUCUAUGCCUGCAGUGUGACUGUCUCCUCCUCUGGCCUCUUCCUCAUCGCAGCGUUCUACUAUCUGGACAGACAGAGGAAGAGGGAAGAGAAGAAGAGAGCAGGUCCUCCUGCUGCGUACCAACAGAAGCCUGCUAUCAGCCUAGUCCCUGACUGCCAGUACAGCCAUGUUCCUUCUACACAGGGAGGGAAGCCUGCUAUCAGCCUAGUCCCUGACUGCCAGUACAGCCAUGUUCCUUCUACACAGGGAGGGAAGCCUGCUAUCAGCCUGGUCCCUGACUGCCAGUACAGCCAUGUUCCUUCUACACAGGGAGGGAGAUCAGCGGACACUGUUUGUGUCACCAACGUGUGACUUACUAAUAUGCACGUGUGUAACCCAGUAAGACAACCUGUCUACCUGCCUGCCUUUAGAAUUACAUCUAGAAUGAGAAUGAAGUAAGGAGGUAGCCUUCCAUGAGCCCUGGCCUGUAGGAGCUGCAGCAUAUCACAGGAACUGCUCACUGUGUAACGCCUCACGAUGAUGAGUCAAUGAAGGAUCUCUGUGGUGUCUGCUGUCUGCUGUCUGCAGAGGGAAGAACUGGGAGGUUACACAUACACUACUGUUAUCAUCACUGUGAUUCCUAUGUAUGUACGUACGUACACGGGCAUUCACAACACAGGGUUUGCACACAGAUUUAGUCUGAAUUUGGAAGUCUCUCUCUCAUCUUUAUUUCAAUAAAUAUCUUCUGUUUUCAUCAA